GAGGCUUCCCAGCCCCCGCCGCGGAUCGCUGGAGAAGCCCGGCCAGAUUAGUUUGUUGGCUGCCAAGAGCCACAAACACUUCAGGCCCUGAUGGGGGACUCGGGAUCCAGAAGGUCGACUCUCGUAUCUCGGUUGCCAAUAUUCCGCAGGAGCAUUAGCCGCAGGCACGAYUCUCUUCCGUCCUCACCUUCCUCUGUUAAUACUGUUGGUGUCCACACGUCCUCUCCCUCCAGCACUAACUCCAGCUCAGGGAGCACGGGCAAGCGCCGCAGUAUAUUCCGUACUCCGUCCAUUAGCUUCCAUAACAGGAAGGGGAGUGAGCAGAAGUCUGACUCGGCUGGCGAAAAUGUUAACAUCUCCAAUGGUGCCCAGUCUUCUCUCAGCGGUUUUCAAAAACUGAACCUAGAGGAACACGUUAAAAGCCGAGGGAGACAUUCGGUUAGCUUUGGCAGCUCACGUAGCAAGAAGAUAACAAGGUCUUUGACAGAUGAUUUUGAAAAGGGAAAAGAACCCUCAACUAAUAAGAAUGUCUUUAUAAAUUGUAUAAGUUCUGGGAAAAAUGAGGGUGAUGAUUCUGGCUUUGUGGAGGAGCAAAGUCGAUACUCCGUCAAACAAUCCACACGAAAACUUCUCCCCAAAUCUUUUUCCUCACACUACAAAUUCUCCAAGCCAGUUGCGCAGAGUCAGUCAGUCUCGUGCGUGCAACAGCCUGGAUGCCUGUUAGAGAUUAAAUCAUACGCGGACAGCGAACCUGUAAUGGGGAAGCCCUCCCCUCCGUGCUCCGCUGAGACAACAGACUGCGCAGGCAGCUCGCUGCAGUCUCCGCUGCUUUCGACCGACCUCACGACGGCCCAGACGCCCUCAGAGUUUGUAGCCCUGACGGAGGACUCUGUUUCGGAAGUCGAAGCACUGCCGGGCAGUGGAAAUGGAGUGCUGCUCACGGAGGAUUUUGGCCACAGUGUCUCUACCUCUCAAAUCUUCUCUAAUUCUGCUGUUGCUGCUCACGUGAGGAGGGCUGAUCAUGGGGAAAAUAGCUGCCAGUGUGCUGGUGCAUCUCCUGUGAGUCAUGGGAGCUUAUGUAGCAUUGAAUCCAACACCUUCUGCAAAACCUCCGCUGCUAAUCACACYCAAGUAUUACUGCAAGCCAAUGAACUACCUGCUAAAGAUUCCCAGCACACAAGAGAAAUUAACUCRGCAAAUGCAAGUUUAGACAGAUGUGCAUUAUACCACAGAGAGGUACCAGAGAUGCGCUCUCCAAAAGCACGGAGGUUAAGUGGGCACCAAGAUGAAAGAACCCCGUCUAAGUAUGCAAGAGAAACGAAUCCUGCGAUGGAGUCUGUGUCAUACUCAGAACCUCAGUCCUUUAAAACAGGAAAGGGCUUUGAAAUAAACCAUUCUAAAGUUGAUCUUGCCAAUAGCUUCAGCCCGUACCGAGACGGCCGAUUUGUUGAGAAGCGGCUCCGAUCCUCUUCAGAAGGCACAGCUGGAAGCAGUCGGCUGAUCAUAAAGCCAAAGGAUGGAAACACAGAAGAGCUGAACAGUCUACGAAAGCAGAGGACAAGCUCAUCUUCCUCAAAAAUGAACAGCAUGGAUGUCUUGAAUAACUUGGGUUCUUGUGAGCUGGAUGAAGAUGACCUAAUGCUUGACUUGGAAUUCCUAGAAGAGCAACAUCACCAUCGUUCUGUUUGCCGCGAAGACUCGUACCAGUCGAUAGUCUCAUGUGCUGCUGUGGUCCUUACACCUGUAGAAGCAACAGYGGAUACAAGGAAGAAGGAGCAGACCAAGAUGCCUGAUGUGUCUAAACAAAACCUGUCCCUAAAGCUAUCGAAAGAAGUGGAGCAAGGAGAAGGCAGGUACCCUCGUGUCAGCCAGCUGGCUGGCAGCCCGUCGGUGGAGUGGCCUUUUGCUGGUCUGGAAGAAGGAGGAGGAAUUGAAUCUUUGCCCUUCAGAUUGAUGUUGCAGGACUGCACGGCUGUAAAGACAUUGCUGCUGAAAAUGAAGAGGGUUCUUCAGGAGAGUGCAGACAUGAGCCCAGCCAGCAGUACUGCCUCGCUUCCAGUGAGCCCUCUUCCUGAGGAGCCCAUGCUCUUCAAGGAUGUAAUAAAAGAUGAAUGUUCUGUGCUGAAGCUGCAGCUGAAGGAGAGGGAUGAACUCAUAGCCCAACUUCGGGAGGAGCUGGAGAAAGCCCAAUGUUUACAGAAAGCUCUUGCUUCCCAAGCAGAUAAAUCCACUCAGACAGAACUUGUAGGCCAUGAUGCUACAUAUCCAAACAGAACGGGGAACCAAAACCUCAGCACGUGGGACAGAAAGUCAGCGCAUACACCUACCGAGGACCCUUUUAGAUACUCCUCGGGCAGCCCGGCCGUAGCCUACGAAAGCAAGAGCUGCCAGCUGUCCAGCCUGUGCCUGAGUAACCUCUUGCAAGAGAAGGAGAUAGUGGAGGCCCUCAAGCAGAGCCGAGGCGCGUUCGAGACCUUCGCUCCGGAGGGCGCCGCUAACGGCGUGGCCGUCCCCGCGCAUGGCGCGGCACCCAAGGCCGACUGCUGCCCGGCCUUCGCGGGAGCGCCCAAGGAGCAGAGCGGGCUGCCUCGGCAGCACAGCACCUUCACCGGCAGGCUCGGCCAGCCGCCCCGGGGACCCAUCUCCUUACACAUGUACAGCAGGAAGAACGUUUUCCUCCACCACAGCUUGCACACGGCGGAGCUGCAGACCUUGGGUCAACAGGAUGGGUGACAGGGUGCUUGAGCGCUUACCGUGGAAGGAGAAUUGGUCUGUUGGGAACAUAAACUCUUCUAGAGCUUGGUCUUAAGUUUUCAUCUGCUGCUACUUUUACCUAGAAAAGAAAAAAGAAAAAAAAAAUGUCCAUAGGUUCCAUACUUCUUCAUUUGGGACUGUGGCAAAGGAAUGAACUGGAUUGUUAAGUAAUUAAGCUGAUUCAUUGUGCAAAAGUUACCAUGUGUAUAAUAAAUGGGAUGACUUGGCUGACAUAGGUAAUCCAAAGUCAGCUAAACCCUAAACCUUUUUUUUUUUUCCCCCCCACCUUGAUUCUGUAAACCACUAAGAUCCACUGAAGUUUGGGAAGGCAGUCGUAAAUAAUACUGUGUACAUAUAAUAAUAUUACUGUAAAAGUAGAUGUGAGGAUUGAAUAGAUAAGUAAUUAGGAAACCUCCUUGAAUUUCAUAGAGACUAGGGAAAGAAGAGUUACAAGUCUGAGAAUGGUGUUUUUUUUUUUUACAAUUUCUUUCUUACAUCCAAUGACAUUUGCUCUCUUGUAGAGAUAUGUUAUCACUUCUGCUGUAUGUAUUUUAUAGAUGCCACAGGGCACCAGAGGGAAUUACUGGCUGUUUUCUUUCUUUAACUGUUAAAUUCAAAGAUGUUUACCAAGUAUUUGCCUCAGUAACUGAGGUCCAAACAGAGGAUGGGAGCCUCAACCUUCCUCCCCCUUUCCUUUUUAAGCUACGUUUUUUUUCCUACUGUUUUUGUGCUGUUGUAAYAUGCGAUGUUGGGUGGUAUUUGCUGUGCUUUUACAUACGAUAAGUCGCUUAUGAGGCACCACGGCACUCUGUGCUGCAUGAUGCAUCAUGUGAUUUCACUGCCCACGCCAAAAAUGGGUGGAGGUGAAUUGUACUUGAAGGGAAGCAAUUGUCUUAUUACUCAGUCCAAAUUACCCAUGUAAUCAGGAUUUCUAUAGACUCUAUCUUGCCUUCAAGGACCUGAAUUAAACUAACUCGGCAGGUUUGAUAGUCUCAAUGCAUUACACACAAGUGGGAUGGAUUUCAUCCUGUUUGGUAUGCAGGAUACUGGGCUCACAGGAGUAUGAAGUCAUCUGAAGAUAUUAGAGAACUUAAAAGCUUGUCAGUAACAAAAGACCCUGUUUUCCCUCUGCAGAGGGCUUGAAAACAGGUAGCUCAGUCCUCAGUUACUCUGAGCAUGUGGCAUAUACUAAACCUGACACUUAGUUUACAGCCUCUCUGAUGCCAGGUAAUCUGUCUGAAUGAUACUAGAUUGUAUGGUUGGUAGCUCAUAACGUGCUCAUAGGCAUAUUUAAGUAUGAUUGAGACAGAUCUGAGACAAGUGGCCUCUGCCUUUAACUGGUGCUGAACAACGAAAGCCAAGGGCGUAGCAGGCGCUCACGCAAAGUAUCGAGCACCAACUGAAGUCGCAUACAAAUAAAAAGGAAGCUCCCGCAGCCACUAAAAAUUCUGUAACUUUUACAAGCAAGUCCACAGGGCAUUCAGAAUGAAUUAGUGAUUCCAGUUUUASCUAGUGUUAAACAUAACAUCCAUCCAGCUACUUAAUUAUUGUAUUAAUGUCAGGAUGGGUUAGGUUAAGAAACAACUACACUUUGACAGAUUCUGCAAAGCCACUUCAACAGCCUGAUCCCUGUUUACUCAGGGUUUUAGUUAGGGAGGAGUAUGUUUGAUGGCAUUAUCAGGUGUUGAAGAGAGCARGUUUUGUCCAAGUACUCAAUAGUGGUAAUUUUUGGUUUCCAUUUCUGGAUGCAUUUGAAUCAAGUCAGACAUUUGCCAGACUUCUUCGUGCUUUUAUAUAUCUGCAUGUGUGUGUUGCUACUACGAAAGAAAAUGUGCAGAAAUUACAAACACAGCUUCACUGAAUGAACUAUGGUGUUCAAGACUUGGAGGCCUGCUUUGAAAACUCUUUAGACUUUAAAGUCUACCAAAAAAAAAAAAAAA